AUGGCAAAAUCAGCAAUGUCAAAACUAGAUCGCCCGCGGACGAUUAUAACAGCUGUGAACGUCGGACUUUGUCUGUCUAUAUUAUUAGCAGUAACUAUCGUCAUCAAGACCAGGCCAGAAACAAACAGCUGUCAGCCACCACCAGCGAAGUUUCCAGAAAUAUGCAUAGAUUGCACUCACCUGCCCAGAAAUCUACUCACUCAGCCAGAGGUCAGUGGGCUGGCCAAGCGACACGGGAAUAAUACCGACAUGUGCUGCGCUGAAACUCAAGAUCAAAUGUCUACACUGUUGCAAGCUAUUGUAGAAAAUCAACCAGUGGACCCGGAUCCUGCACCCGAAACCAGUUCAAUUAACAUGGUCCCAGUUUCUGCUCAUAAAAGGAUAUUGUCCGGGUUUGCAAAUGAGUCUGCCUUGGAAGAGCCCUAUUUCAACGGUGGAAAGGAGCACUUUAUAACGAACUUCAGUAAAGUUAACGACCCAGUCACUGAACACGCCCACGGUGUGGAAGUUCUGGAUUCAGCACUGAAAAUUGAAACAGACGGAUUGUACUACGUGUACAUCAGCAUUCACACAGGUCCAGAGUUCAACAUACCAGCCAAGAACUUUACCUACCAGAGCUGGUUUCAAUAUGUCUACCGACGAAGUCCACACAACCCCGCCAACUCAGGCGCCCUUUUACAAAUGGCGUACCCAGCACAUGAAGACAGCGUUACAUAUGAGGAGACUGAUUACCGAGGAGGGACAUUUCAUCUCAACAAAGGAGACGAGUUACUGGUUUGCAUCACUGGCGUGGGAUUGUUUCGUUACAGGAAAGAGUCCUCGUUCCUUGGCGUCAUCAUGGUCAACAAUGAAACCAUGUCGAAGUAG